GCUUGUCGAACCACGCGCAAAUGCAACAGCUUGUUGACUGUGCUCGUGUGUCACGGGGUAGUGCUGUGACACUUUUGGUCGACUUCAACAUCUCCGUUGACAAAUUAAACAUUUGGAGGAUAAACAACCUAAAGGUUAAUGGAGAUUACCCACCCCUUGGACGUGUGUCAGAGAUAUUGACGGGCUGAACUCUUCAUUUAAAGAAGCAAGCGCUCAUCGGUUCCGGAGACGAUGGCUGUCAACAAGCAUGCCGACGAGAGCACCCCUCUCUUGGACUCGAACACUGGGACUCAUGUGAGAGCGUCACCACCGUCCGUUUUUCAGGGAAGAAGACUAGCAUGUGCUGCUAUCUUGCUGGCCGAGGCAUUGGAAAGGAUUGCGUUCUACGGCAUCACUUCCAACCUUGUUCUCUUUUUAAAUAGUAGUCCUUUCUAUUGGGAGGGCACACAAGCCAGCCAGGCUCCUCUGAUGUUCAUGGGGGUGACUUACCUGAUAUCCCCAUUUGGAGGCUGGUUGGCAGAUGCAUACCUCGGAAAGUUUUGGACUAUUGCCGCGAGUUUGAUUUUGUACUUGAUUGGCAUUCUAUUUUUCCCUUUCAUUUCAAAUGAAGACACCAGAGUAAAUAUAUGUGGAGAAGAGGCGGCUUUUCCUGUGCAACCCGCUGAGUGUCUCAGCACAAACAGUACCCCUCCAAGCAAUGUGACCUGCCCCAUCCGUGCACCCUAUUGUGGCCCUGUAGUCUACAGUGGACUCUUUUUAAUUGCAUUGGGUGUCGGGACUGUCAAGUCAAACAUCACUCCGUUUGGGGCAGACCAGGUCAAAGACAGAGGACCAGAGGCCACACGCCGAUUCUUCAACUGGUUCUACUGGUGCAUUAACCUGGGCGCCAUCCUGUCACUGGGAGGUGUGGCCUACAUCCAGCAAAAUUACAGCUUUGAGCUCGGCUACAUCAUUCCCACUGUGUGCCUUGGGAUUUCCUUCCUGGUUUUCCUCUUGGGCCGCACCGUUUUUAUCACCAAGCCUGCUGAUGGCAGCGCUUUCACUGAUAUGUUUAAGAUACUGAGCUUCGCUUGUUGCUCCUCAAAACCCAAGGAGCCUGACCUGCUUCGAAGCAAUAAACCAACACUAUUGGAUGGUGCCAAAGUGACCUAUGGAGGAAAAUUCCCAGAAGAGAAAGUGGAGGAAUUGAAGUCUUUGGUGAAAAUACUACCAGUUUUCUUAGCCCUUAUUCCAUACUGGACGGUGUAUUUCCAGAUGCAGACAACAUACAUUCUGCAAGGCCUCCAUCUAAAGAUUCCAGUUGCUGCCUCCAACAGCUCUACUGACUCCCACACGAUGAUGUUUCGCUUCCCGGCAGCCUGGCUCACAAUGUUUGAUGCUGUGCUCAUCCUCAUGCUGAUUCCUCUUAAGGACAAAGUGGUGGACCCUGUUUUGAAACGGCGUGGCCUACUGCCCUCCUCUUUGAAGAGGAUCGCAGUGGGGAUGUUCUUUGUCAUGUGGUCGGCUGUGGCAGCGGGUCUGCUGGAGACAAAACGCCUGGAGAUCAUCAAAGCAAAUGGGCCGAUUGACCAAGUGCUUGGCAACGUAAUCUACUACGCAGCAGAUUUACCCAUUUGGUGGCAAGUGCCUCAAUAUGUGCUGAUAGGCAUCAGUGAAAUAUUUGCCAGCAUUGCAGGACUGGAGUUUGCAUACUCCGCUGCACCCAAGUCGAUGCAGAGCGCCAUCAUGGGGCUCUUCUUCUUUUUCUCUGGGAUGGGCUCCUUUGUGGGCUCGGGUUUGUUGGCCAUCGUGUCCCUCAAAGAGAUCGGCUGGAUGUCAUCCCACAAAGAUUUUGGAAACAUCAACGACUGCUCGCUGCACUACUACUUCUUUCUGCUGGCCGGGAUUCAGGGCGUCACUCUUCUCAUCUUCCUCAUCGUGACUGUGAAAUACGACAAACAGAGAGGCCAAGCAGGACGCCAAAGGCAAAGACUCAUCUCGUCCUGACCCUGACACACGACCCGUAUGGCUCACAUCCUACCUAGCGGUUUCCAGUCCAAUCGAAUUUGUACCUACUAAUCAAAUCCUUAAGUUCUCCACUCGCUGGAAUCAAUACAUGUUAAUGUUAUCGUACGUUUUAAGGGGCUCCGUUUUCCUUUGAAAAUGCUUUUAUAAGACUAUGUGGCUGGUGCUACAUCUGUUUACUCUCUUGCCUUCAUUUGCACUAGAACUGCAAUGGUGUCGGAAGAUGCGUUAGAAAAGCCUACGCGCCUCUGUUCAAAUGCAGGUGUUUGUGAUAUUAAAAAAAUGAGUCCUUUUAAACUUUUCCACCAUUAAUGUGAAUUGUUAACCUCCAAAAAAAAAAAAAAAAUAAUAAUAAUUUUUUCGAGAAGGGAAGUACAAAUAACUGAGAUAUUGCGGUUGCACAAGACUACACACUCUUUUAUACCUUAGGAUGUGACUGCGUUCAGAACUAACCAAUCACAUUCUAACUCGUGUUGAAUGGGAGUUAGCACACAUCUGCCUCUGAUCAACCCCAAAUAAAGUUCUUUUUAACAUGAGUUUAAAAGUGAUUGGUUCAUUCUGAACACAGACACAGGCCCACUUAUAAAAGGGUGUGCACAAUUGUGCAACCUCAUUAUCUUUAUUUUUACUCCCCCCCCCCCCCCCCCCCCCCCCCCCCCCCCUGAAAAUGUAUUGUGUACAGGUUAUUGAUGACAUUAAUGGUGAGAAAAAGUUUUACAAUUAUUUUGGUCUCAUUUUUUACAUUCAAAAAAUCUGGCAUUUGAACAGGGGUGUUUAGACUUUUUAUAUCCACUCAAUAUUGUGAAAAUAUUUUUUUUAUUGUCGUGCUUAAUAUUCAGUCAUGGGUGCACUAUUUUUCUAACCACCUUCACUGCUGAUCUUGGUGUGAAACAUCAGUAUUUAGUCAAAUCAUUCAACUAAUUUAUAGACAUGCAUUAAAUGUACUAAUCACACUUUCCUUUUGAAGGGCCGUUGGGGAGCGAGCGUCAGUUACCGAUCGUAUGCACAAAUGGUGUCCAUCAUUAAUAUGCAAAUUCUGUGAUGCAGUUUAGAAUUAAAUAGGACUUUGAAAAUAUUUGCAUUGUUAUUGAUCGUUUCUAGAUUUUUAAUAUAUUUGAUUAAUUUGAAAUCAACCGGCUCUACACUGAAAGCAACAUGUUGAAAUAUCGAUCGCUGCUUAUGAAUUCAAUGAAGCCUUAAUGAUGAUUAUUUUAAUAUUUUGGGGGGGCAAAGCUGCAAUAUUCAGGUCAGUUUGAUAAAUGAGAACGGAAAUACAACUGGAACUAAACUAUCAGUGGUCAAAAAAAACUUAAUAAUAAUAAUCCUCCACUGUAAUUGAAAAAUACAUGGAAAAUUGGUUCAACAAAUUUAUCCACCAGGAUAGACUGCGAUUUUACUGUCUUUAUAUUUUAUUAUUUAUAAGACUGCUCUCUGCCAUUUUAGUGUUAGACUUGUUGUCAAGCUUCCAUUUCGAAUUCUGCAAAAUCUUCUCCAAAAUUUGAAACCGUUCAAUGUAUGAAUGAAAAGUGUGUCUUCGUGCAUUUAAAGCUGCCUUUUGAGUUUUUGUGUUUCAGGGUUUACAGUGGCACUAUUGAGUUACAUUUGUGAAACUAUGCCGGCCAUUAGGGUCAUUUUUGUUUGUGUUUGAUCCACUGAACAAAUCAUCCUUUUUGUGAGUCUUUCAAUUCUCGAUUUGGGAAUUAUUUCCUGCAUCAAACAGUAUAUUUGUCCAUUAAAAGAUUUCAAAUUCUGAA